UUCCCAGCUUGCACCGGGCCGCGCAUGCGCAGAAGUCAGCGGGCUCAGGAAGAGGAAAAUAGGAAAACAGCCGAGAGAGAAAAAUAAGAAGACGGAGGAGGAGAGGAGGGGGCGGGGAGGAUUCCUCAUCACCCCCAUAGUCCGGCCUGAGGCCCCGGGCCUUCUUUCCUACCACACGGGGCCCCCCGUUCUUCCCCUCCAUGGUGUACUGGCCCGGGCCAUGAACAGCGGACUGAGCCCGGCCCCCUCGGCGUUGGGGGUUCCCGGGGUGAAGCUGAAGUUCUGCCGCUACUACGCCAAGGAUAAGACGUGCUUCUACGGGGACGAGUGCCAGUUCUUGCAUGAGGAGCCCCUGGGACUCCAUGGCAACAGUCUGGUCGCCUACCCCCCUCCAGUUGUCCUCACCCCUGGGGCCAAGAAGGUGGAGCUUGGGGCCCUGGACGGAGCGAGAAUGACUGCUGACUACGUUUCUGGAAUUGAUGGCUCUUUAUCAGAUACCAGUCUGACAGAUUCCUACUUCAGCACCAGCUUUAUCGGAAUGAAUGGGUUUGGAAGCCCUGCAGAAGCAAAUUACCCACGAAUGCAGCGAAUGACAAACAGCAGCAGUUCGCCAAGCCUUCUCAAUGACAGUGCCAAGCCAUACACGGGUCAUGAUCCUUUAGGCUCUCCAGCUUCCUCACUGUUUAAUGACUUUGCUGGUCUCAGCAUUUCUCAAAGACGUAAGACUCCUAAUCCUACUGCCAGCGAGUUUAUUCCCAAAGGAGGAUCAACGUCGCGAUUGAGUAACAUGUCCCAGUCCAACAUGUCUGCCUUCUCCCAAGCGCUGUUCUCCCACCCCUCUAUGGGAGGUCCUACAUCAGCUGCUCUCGCUCCAGGGAUGUCGCUGUCUGCUGGGUCUUCCCCUCUCCAUUCCCCUAAAAUCACACCGCACACUUCUCCUGCCCCACGGCGACGAAGUCACACACCCAACCCAGCUACUUACAUGGUGCCGACUAGUGCCUCAACACCAGUUACAAACUCCGUUUCCCAGCCCCCAUCUGCAGGACAGGUUAUCCAGAAGGAGACUGUUGGGGGAACCACCUAUUUCUACACAGACACCACUCCAGCACCACUCACCGGAAUGGUGUUCCCAAAUUUCCACAUUUACCCUCCUGCUGCUCCUCAUGUGGCUUACAUGCAGCCAAAAGCAAAUGCACCUUCCUUCUUCAUGGCCGAUGAACUCAGGCAGGAGUUGGUUAAUCGUCACUUAAUAACAAUGGCUCAGAUUGAUCAAGCCGAUAUGCCAGGUGUACCUGCAGAGGUUGACAGCUACCACAGCCUUUUUCCACUGGAACCGCUGCCCCCUCCUAACCGAAUACAUAAGUCAAGCAACUUUGGAUACAUUACAUCAUGCUACAAAGCCGUAAACAACAAGGAUGACCUGACCUACUGUCUAAGAAGAGUUCAUGGCUUUCGUCUGGUGAACACAAAAUGCAUGUCUUUAGUCGAUACAUGGAAAAAAGUCCAACAUUCAAAUAUCGUUUCCUUACGAGAAAUGUUUACAACCAAAGCAUUUGGAGAACAUUCCUUGGUUUUUGCAUAUGACUUCCAUGCUGGAGCAGAGACCAUGAUGAGCAGGCAUUUUAACGAUCCCAGUGCAGAUGGCUAUUUUACCAAGAGAAAAUGGGGCCAACAUGAUGGUCCAUUGCCUCGUCAACAUGCUGGAUUGUUGCCAGAGUCCCUCAUUUGGGCAUAUAUCGUCCAGUUGAGUUCGGCGUUGCGAACUAUUCACACAGCAGGACUUGCAUGUCGUGUUAUGGAUCCAACCAAAAUUCUCAUCACUGGGAAAACCAGGUUACAUGUCAACUGUGCUGGAAUCUUUGAUGUUUUGAACUAUGAUGGCAGUCAGAGUAAUCCUGUUGCUCUGAUGCCUCAGUAUCAGCAAGCAGACCUGAUCUCCUUGGGAAAAGUGGUACUAGCAUUGUCCUGUAACUCUCUGGCCGGCAUUCAGAGGGAGAAUCUGCAGAAAGCCAUGGAACUUGUGAACAUCAAUUAUUCCUCAGACUUAAAAAAUCUUAUUUUGUACUUACUGACAGAUCAAAACCGUCUGCGCAGUGUAAAUGACAUCAUGCCAAUGAUCGGUGCUAGGUUUUACACUCAGUUGGAUGCUUCCCAAAUGCGCAAUGAUAUCAUAGAGGAGGACCUGGCCAAGGAGGUUCAAAAUGGACGCUUAUUCAGGCUCUUGGCGAAGUUGGGAACAAUAAAUGAGAGACCAGAAUUUCAGAAAGAUCCAGCAUGGUCAGAAACGGGGGACAGAUACUUGCUGAAACUCUUUAGGGAUCAUCUUUUCCAUCAGGUGACAGAAGCGGGGACUCCCUGGAUUGACCUUAGUCAUAUUGUAUCUUGUCUUAAUAAGUUGGACGCUGGCGUGCCAGAAAAAAUAAGUCUAAUUUCCAGGGAUGAGAAGAGUGCACUUGUGGUAACUUACAGUGAUCUAAAACGCUGCUUUGAAAAUACGUUUCAGGAACUGGUGGCAGCCGCAAACGGACAGUUGUAGUACUUGCCUAACGCAUGCAGAACAUUGAGGAACUAAACCAAUAGCAAAUUGCACUACAGCUGAAUUGUCCUCGUCAUCUCAUUUCACUAUUGGGAAUCAAACCGGAGAUGAGCAAAAGCUGCUUGCACUUGUCAGGUACACUGUUACUUGAAAAGAAGGCUGUUUGAGUUAACCAUGUGCUACGGCUGCCAACGGAGGCUUUAUCUGUGAAGAUGUUUCUUUUUAAACCCAGGAACAGCAUCAGGUGCAUGACGUUCCUAUUUUUUUAUUUUCCACUUGUAUGCACUACUUUUAAUUUGAAGACUCUGACAUUGAAGGGAAAAGCUGUUUGUUUGUUUGUUUUUUUUUUCUUUUUCUCCUUGUUCUUACAAACCUAAAUUCAGGGGCACAGUGUGAUCUUCACUCAUAUAGAGAAAUAUGCUUCGUUUUUUUUGUCCAUCAUAUCAUAAAUGGACCAGGUGGUGCAACAAUUCCAUAAGCCCUUUUGUGUUAACCUUUUUUGUAGAAAUAUGCUGUGCAGACCUCAUCCUUUUAAGAGACUGAUCUGGAUAGCAUAGGAUCAACUCCUUGUUCUCAGAUCGUUGAAGCAUAAUCUGCGUUUAACACCAAGCACCAUCAAAACACCUUCAAGGAGCUGCAUUUUGUCUUGUCUCUAGAAACACAACCAGCGCCUUUUGCAAGAUGAUGUACAUAGGUCUCCUGCUUGUCCUACACAUUUAUGCAAUUGUUUUUGUAUGUUCUGUUGCUCUGAUAGCCACAAUGUUUCAGGAAUACAUCACCGUAAAUGUUUUGUCAGAACCACAGCUUUACUAGUGUUACACUGGAUGCAGAGACACUGUUAAUGAAUGUGAUGCAAUGUUCUUCUGGUGACAGGUCCUCUUUGAACACAAGGGGGCAUUACAGCUUGGUAUCUGGUUUAGAAAUUUUUGUUGGCAUUCCCCAGAUGAACAGUCCUAAGGGAUUCCCCUUUCCUCCCUCUUGAAAGCUGUGGCACAGAGUGCAUUUAUAGUGUAAAAAAAAACAAAAAAAAAAAUUAAGACUGCCAAAUAUAUAGGAUUUAUUUCUUGGUAGAAGAGGCAUAAUUGUGUAACCUCUUAGCACUGAAUCUAUAAAUACAUAUAUUUUAAUAUCUUGUGCUAUGCCAGAAGAUGACUGAAUGCAACAUUGAUGCUCCCAAACAAUCUCAAAGACUUGGCUGUUUCAGCCUAACAGCUGACUGGAGUUUUAACAGGUUCAUAAAUGUGUCCAUAACUUCUCCACGGUACUUUGUUUUAUGCUUUAAGGUGUACCCAUCAGGAACCUGCGUUGGAAAGGAGUAUGAGAACUGGGCUACAAAACGCUGGAGAAUGUGGAAGGGUCUUCAUUCUAAUAGAAAGAUUACAGAUAAUCUGGGUGCUGUUGGCCUUUCAGCAUGGAACUAAAUUCCUUUUUUUUUUUUUCUCUCUCU